UAAAAAAUAUGGAAAAUCAAACAACUCUAACAUCAACAGCAUGCCAGUGCUAUUAUAAUAUAUUUUUAGAAGAGAAACCAUUAUAUAAAGGAGAUCUAAAAACAAUCAGUUCUUCAACGCCAGUUUCUGAAGAGCAACGUCAAAAAUUAGAAGAAAAAUAUCUCUGUCAAACAUAUUAUAAUCGAGAG